AUGUUUUCUCCCAAGUCACCGAAAAGUCUGUCAAAGUAUGUCCCCGGUGGCAAAUCCCCGUCCCGAGCCGCGGAGCAGAUCCGAAUGGUCCGAUGCGCGUGCAAACCGGACUGCACCUGUAGCGCCCACGCGGAGGAAAACAACCGCAUACAGUGCACGGACUUGAAGGAGAUUGAGUUGAAUGAUACGAAGCUAGGCCUUGACAACUUGGCCUAUGAGUAUGGCAGUCAGAGCGAGCUCUACCCUCUACCAAAACUACUCCAGGGUGGUCUUCAAACUCCUGGGCCUCCCACCCUGAGCAUCAGGUACAAACCAAUCCAAUGCAGAAUCUCCACUCUGAGCGGAGUACAUGCUGCCAGUUUGUCUUUAAGCAGCAACCUACUGAAGGUGGAAUACGAUACGUCCAUCAUCACACCCAAAGAGAUCGCCCUGCAGCUGCACAACAUGGGAUACAGAGCAGAGUCAGCGGUGCAGGUCAGGGUGGACGGGAUGCACUGUCAGUCUUGUGUGCAAACCAUUGAGGGCCAGAUUGGUUGUCUCCACGGGGUUUCGCACAUUCAGGUGUCCCUUCAGGAUGCUUCGGCACUGAUGUAUUUCAGCUCUCUUUUAGUCGCACAGUUGGAGCUGAGAGAUAAGAUUGAGGAUUUGGGGUUUGAGGCCACUUUACUAUCUGAACCGCCACCUGGAGAAGACAUAAACCGCUGGAAAAUGGAUAUAUUGACUGUAACUGUCUGGAUCGUGGGGAUGACUUGCGAUUCUUGCGUGCAGUCGAUUAAAGGGAGGAUCUCUCAGAUGACAGGAGUGCAUUCCAUAGAGGGUGUCAUUGGAAGAGGAAAAGGGAACGAUAACCUUUACCCCAGACUGACGAAGCCGGAGCAGCUCAGAGCAGCUAUCGAGGACAUGGGCUUUGAAGCAUCACUACAGACCCCCCCUACUCAUAAAAAGUCCAGGCCGGUCAGCUCUGAACCCCCUGACCCCUAUGACCUGUGGUCCCCCGAUAAGGCUGGAGUCAGCAAUGGCACUGCAUCACAGAGCAGCACUGCAGACCGCCGUCCCAACUCUCCUGAGAUGAAAGUACAGAAAUGCUUCAUUUGCGUAACAGGAAUGACCUGUGCUUCCUGUGUGGCCAAUAUUGAGCGAAAUCUACUCAAACACAAGGGAAUCAUAUCGGUUUUGGUUUCACUCAUGGCUGGAAAAGCAGAAGUGAAAUAUAAUUCAGAUGCCAUAGAUGCUGCUGCUAUAAGUCACCUCAUAGAAGACUUAGGAUUUGGUGCCAAACUGAUUGAGGACAAUGCAGUAACACACGGGAAACUUGACCUCACUAUCACAGGCAUGACGUGUGCAUCAUGUGUCCAUAACAUUGAGUCCAAGCUCACUACAACUAAAGGGAUCCACUGGGCUUCGGUCGCCCUGGCAACCAAAAAAGCACAGAUCGAGUUCGACCCGGAACUACUCGGCGCAAGAGAUAUAAUAAAGAUUAUCCAAAGCCUUGGGUUUGAGGCCAGUCUGGUGAAGGCGGGAUUUAAGAACAACCUUGAUCACACAGAAGAGAUCCGACAGUGGAGGAGCUCCUUCCUGUUCAGCCUUGUUUUCGGGGUUCCAGUCAUGGGCCUCAUGAUCUACAUGAUGAUCAUGGACAGUCAACACAAGGAGCAUGGAGGCUCCAUGCCAGAGGAUCAGAACCUGCUGCCCGGCCUUUCCCUGCUCAAUCUGGCUUUUUUCGUCCUCUGUACACCUGUGCAGAUAUUUGGAGGUCGCUACUUCUACAUCCAGGCAUAUCGCUCCCUAAAACACCGCACAGCCAACAUGGAUGUGCUGAUCGUCUUGGCUACUUCUAUCGCCUACAUUUACUCCUGUGUGGUUCUCAUUGUGGCCAUGGCUGAAAAAGCAAACCAGAGCCCCGUCACGUUUUUUGACACUCCGCCGAUGCUGUUUGUGUUCAUCGCUUUGGGACGAUGGCUGGAGCACAUUGCGAAGAGUAAAACCUCCGAGGCUUUGGCAAAGUUAAUGUCCCUUCAAGCCACUGAUGCCACUGUGGUGACUUUAGGACCCAACUUGUCUAUCAUCAGUGAGGAGCAGGUGGUGGUGGAGCUGGUUCAGAGAGGCGACAUUAUAAAGGUAGUUCCUGGAGGAAAGUUCCCCGUUGAUGGGAAAGUGAUCGAAGGAAGCUCCAUGGCUGAUGAGUCUUUGAUCACAGGUGAGCCCAUGCCCGUCAGUAAGAAGGUUGGCAGUUUAGUGAUCGCCGGCUCCAUCAAUGCCCACGGUGCUCUCCUGGUGGAGGCCACUCAUGUCGGUGCAGACACCACUCUGUCCCAAAUCGUCAGACUGGUAGAAGAAGCCCAGACCUCAAAGGCUCCCAUCCAGCAGUUUGCAGACCGGCUCAGUGGCUACUUCGUGCCCUUCAUUGUAAUUGUCUCUGUCUUAACUUUGGUGGCCUGGCUGGCGAUCGGGUUUGUCGACUUUGACAUUGUGAAGGAGAAUUUCCCGGGUUAUAACACUAACAUCUCCAAGGCGGAGGUCAUCGUCCGCUUUGCCUUCCAGGCCUCCAUCACGGUGCUGUCCAUCGCUUGCCCCUGCUCUUUGGGGUUGGCGACCCCGACAGCUGUCAUGGUGGGCACAGGGGUCGGAGCUCAGAACGGGAUCCUCAUCAAAGGAGGCGAGCCACUAGAGAUGGCCCACAAGAUUGACGUGGUGAUGUUUGAUAAGACCGGUACAAUUACCAAUGGCGUGCCACAGGUGACUCGUGUGUUGGUGUUGUGGGAAAUGGCCCGCAUGCCUCUGAGGAACAUCCUGGCAGUGGUGGGCACAGCAGAGGCCAGCAGUGAACACCCGCUGGGCAUGGCAGUCGCUAAACACUGUAAAGAGGAGCUGGGCUGUGAUGUGCUGGGCUACUGUCAGGACUUCCAGGCUGUUCCCGGUUGUGGGAUCAGCUGUCGGGUUUCCAACGUAGAGCAUCUGCUGCAGCAGCAGAGCCACGAGCGCUUCCUGUUGCCGGGAGCGACCACUGAUGAAAGUGCUCUGCUGUUCACCAACGAGGCUCCAAGUACAGCUGAAGGUUUGUCGUACUCUGUGCUGAUUGGGAACAGAGAAUGGAUGAGGAGGAACGGCCAUCACAUCGGUGCAGACGUUGAUGCUGCUAUGUCCAGCCACGAGACCAAAGGGCAGACGGCUAUCCUGGUCGCUAUAGAUGGUGUCCUUUGUGCUAUGUUGGCGGUAGCAGAUACAGUGAAGGCGGAGUCAUCCUUAGCAGUUCACACACUUAACACCAUGGGAAUCCAGGUGGUUAUGAUAACGGGUGACAACAGACGCACUGCCAAGGCCAUAGCUGCACAGGUGGGGAUCAGGAAGGUGUUUGCAGAGGUGCUGCCAUCACAUAAGGUUGCGAAAGUGCAGGAGCUGCAGGAACAAGGCCUGCGGGUCGCCAUGGUGGGAGACGGCGUCAACGACUCGCCAGCCCUCGCCCGUGCUGACGUCGGCAUCGCCAUUGGCACCGGGACAGAUGUGGCUAUCGAGGCGGCUGAUAUCGUCCUCAUCCGAAAUGACCUGCUGGAUGUGGUGGCCAGUAUCGAGCUGUCAAAGAAGACGGUGCAGAGGAUUAGAAUAAAUUUUGUCUUUGCUCUUAUAUACAAUUUACUUGGAAUACCGGUCGCUGCAGGUGUGUUCAUGCCUGUCGGUCUCGUGCUUCAACCCUGGAUGGGCUCGGCUGCCAUGGCUGCCUCUUCUGUAUCAGUGGUUCUGUCGUCUUUACUGCUGAGGAUGUAUAAGAAGACGUCCGUGGAGCUGUACGAGGCACGUGCUCAGGGUCACACUCGGAGUCUACGCUCGUCACAGAUCAGCACACAUCUGGGUUUGGACGGACGCCGCCGAAGCCCUGCCCUCCCCACGGGGCCUCGGGAGCAGCAGGGCAGCAGCGUGGCCCCACCCCCUCAAGUACCAGCAAUGAACUCCAUCCAGGAACAGGACCGGUACUCGCUCUUAGACCACCAGACUGAAGGGGACCUCAAUGUGUAGUAAAGGGAUUUCUCGUGUUUCUAAAUAAAGUUAUAAUAUUUGUAUCUAUU